UUUGCGCAUGUAACGGACGCAAUGUAUAUUAUUGUGUUUAUAUUGUCUAUCAUUGUUUUUGUAUACGGGGACCCCGGGAAAGCGCCGCUCGUGCAGCUGAACGAUGGACACACGAUGCCCUCUAUCGCGUUGGGGACUUGGCUGGGGAACAGCUCCACGCCUCCACACGGGCGAAUCGCCCCGGUUGGAUACAACACAGAGCAAGCCGUGAUGUGGGCCUUAGAAGCAGGCUACAGGCACAUCGACACCGCCUGGUCUAACCAUGUGGAAGACCAGGUCGGCCGCGCAGUGAAGACCGUGGUGGACGCUUAUAACCUGCUGCAUGAGGUCACCACCACUCCCAUGAUCUGUGACGCCGCGUGCUACUUGAAAAGGUUCAAAAAGAAAAUAGAAAGAUCUGGCAGCAGCAUGGUUCUUCCUGUGUCGCGAAACGAAUUAUUCAUCACAACCAAGCUCUGGAACGACGCGCACGCGCGCUCGGCGGUGGUGCCCGCGCUCAGAGCUUCGCUCGCGCAGCUCCAGCUCAGCUACGUAGAUCUUUACCUCAUGCAUUGGCCAUUAGGACAGUUUGCAAACGGAUCGUACGACUCCACCCACUACCUAGAGACCUGGCGAGGCAUGAUGGACGCGCAGGCGCGCAACCUGACCCGCUCCAUCGGCGUCUGCAACUUCAACCAGGUCAUGCUGGAAAACAUCAGGGUUCACAAGCUGAGGCAGCCAGCUGUACUGCAGAUUGAGUGGAACAUCAACCUGCAGCAGCCCGGGCUGCUGGCCUACUGCCGUCAGCACAACAUAACCGUGAUGGGCUACACGCCGUUCGGCGCGCUCAUGGACAAGCGGCGCGCCGACUCGCCCACUCGCAUCGACGACCCGCUGCUGACCAAGAUGGCCGCCAAGUAUGGGAAGAAAGUGCAGCAGAUCUUGCUGAGAUACGCUGUCGAAAUGGGAGUAAUCCCGGUACCAAAGUCCAUAACGAGCACUCGAAUUUUCGAGAACAUCGACAUUUUCGACUUCAAACUCGAGGAGGCCGACAAAUGGAUCCUCCGCAACUUCGGGCGGGGCUUCAGGUCCGUCCCCCAGCUCGAGUGGAGCGACCACCCCUUCUACCCCUUCGAGAAUAUGCAGGAAUACCCCCCCACCACCACCACCGCUAGUACCACUACUGCCAGUACUACCAGUACUACUGUGACCACGCAGGCAAGUACACCGAGUACACAACAAGUGAUUUCCGAGGUGGAUAUCAACGAUACAUCUGCUAGAAUGAAUUUUAGGGAUAUAAAGAUAUAA